UGUAUGGCGCAGGUAUUUUGUGUUGUACCACGGCCCUCUGCUGUUUAACUCCACCGAGUGGUGGUAGAAGUGGUGUGACCCUGUGGUGAUGGUGCUGUGCGUAUGAUGCAGGUAUUUUGUGUUGUACCACAGGCCUCUGCUGUUUAACUCCACCGAGUGGUGGUGAAAGUGGUGACCCUGUGGUGAUGGUGCUGUGUGUAUGUUGCAGGUAUUUCGUGUCGUACCACGGCCCUCUGCUCUUCAACUCCACCGAGUGUCGGGAGCUCCGCACCGACAUGACCGACGUCCGCCUGGGAAUGUUUCGUGAGUCCGAUGUCUUUGAUCGCUGGCGGCGCCUCCAGGUGUGCGACUGGGCACAUAACCGCUCCGAGUCCGACCUGCUCAGGCUGCAGCUGUCGCGGUGCUGCAAUGCGCCGGGGCUGCUGGUGGCGUCUCAGCGGACUGUGGCGCUGGGGAGCCGCCUGCGCUAUGAGGGCGAGAGAAGCGGACGCUGCAGGGUCGGCCAGGAGCUGUUCAACAUGCUGCCUCCGGAGAUGCCGUACGGCCGGCAGCAGUUCCGCACGUGCUCUGUGGUGGGGAACGGCGGCAUCCUCACGGGCAGCGGCUGCGGGCACCACAUCGACAGCGCUGACUUCGUGUUCCGGUGCAACCUGCCGCCCCUGCAGGAGGAGUUCACUCAAGACGUGGGCUCCAGAACCGACCUGGUCACGAUCAACCCCAGCAUCAUCAGCGAUAGGUUUGAGCGCCUGGAGAGGAGGCGGCGGCCGUUUGCGGAGGCGCUGGAGGUGUACGGGAACGCGUCGCUCGUGCUGCCCGCGUUCUACGUGGGGCGCAACACCGAGCUCGCGCUGCGCGUAUGCGCUACACGGUGCGCCAUGGAGGACCUGGGCCUGCCGCGGCCCGUGCUCUUCUUCCACCCGGCGUACCUGGCGAGCUGUGGGCGCUUCUGGCGCGCCCGCGGGGUCCACGCGCGCCGCCUCUCCAGCGGCCUCAUGGUGGCGAGCGCGGCGCUGGAGCUGUGCCGCGAGGUGCACGCCUACGGCUUCUGGCCCUUCGGCGUGGGCUCGCGCGGCGACUCGCUGGCGCACCACUACUACGACGACGCCAAGCCGCGGCCCGGCUUCCACGCCAUGCCCAGCGAGACGGUGCACCUCAUGCACCUGCACGCCCGCGGCACGCUGCAUCUGCACACGGAGCCCUGCCCCGCCCGCUGAGACGCACGAGCGCUUGCGUACGCUCGCGCGCGUGCGUACGCUCGCGCGCUUGCGUACGCUCGCGCUCGCGAAGGCAAAACGCAA